GCAAUCAGUUUUCAGCAGAAAAGACAUAUUGAACAUGGUGAUGGAAAUCUUACAGAAGUGAAGAUGAACAAGAAGCCUCACUUGAAAUCUUCCCAGGUUGGUUUAGAGGGUAUGACAUGGGUUACAUCUUUGAGAUCCUUUCAGUCUCAUAUACCAAGGCGAAAGAAACCUGUAAUCAGUUCUCAGAAGAAACCUGAGGUUGAACAAAAUGAUCAGAAUCUUACAUCAACAAAGGACAUAGGAGUAUCGGUUCAAUGGUGCUGUUCCUGCGACUGCCAAUGCCCAAAGCAGGAAGCCAUCAGCCCAUCACUGGUCAUCAUAAAGAGCACAAAGAGACAGUCCAGGGUCAUUAAACCAGUUACAGGUAUGGAGGAUAAGAAACCAUGGAGCACAUCCUUACGCUCCUACCCUUGCAAUGUUCCCCAGGCGAGGAAAUCUCUGUCAGUUCCUGUUGCGAUGACUGAGGAGGAUCCAGCUGGAGGACAUCAAGGUCCUUGCACAGGAUGUGAGGGUCCAAGGACAGGGAAGAGGAAGAGUGGACCUCCUGUGAGUGAGGAGGAGCUGGAGAAGGAGGAAGGGUGGUUGGUUGAGAGAGUUGUCCGUCUGAGGGAGGUUCAUCGUCUGGCAAUGGAGUCUGAGAUAAGACGGCAGAGGAUACAGAAAUUGCGACUGGAAGCGGAAAGAUUGGAAAGAAUGUUAAUGACAGGAGACUUGGAAUUAGGGGAGCGUUUCAAAGGUGGAAAGCUGGUUGUUGUUCCUGAGAUCAGGAUCAAUGAUAGGCAUGAUAAAGAUUUGCUAGACUCUGAUGUGCCAUAUCCGGUGAAGCGUGAAACCGACCCCAUGUCUCAAUCAAUGUAUGACGCCUCGACCUCCGACCCGAUGACGCAGUCGAUGUAUGGGUUUGAUAACGGUUUACCUGAUGCCGCACCCGUUUCGACAGAGAUACCCAUGCAAUUUGAUUCGUUGUGCUCUAACGGAGAUGCACAAUACCCAAGUAGUAAGGAUCAAGGCAGUGAACAGGGCAUGCAGAACGGAGCUGGACCUGACGCAGGUCCUGUCCCAGAAGGGGUCCUGAUUGACUUUGGAGGACAGAUCCAGAACCCUAUUGAAACAGCACCUAUGCCAGAGCCUUCUCCUGUGAUACAGAGCAAACCGCCAGAACCUAAGCUGAUGUCACAGGAGCCUGGCAUGUCACAGUUGAGCAAGCAGAAGGACAAGCGACCCGACAUGCUUGGUGAUCUCAUAGCCACAGAGCCAGCACCAGUCUCACAGGACAAGCAGCCGAAUGAAGAGAAAACUUUUGGGGAAGUGAGCGUUGUGCAGCAGACAGACAGUAGCGUUAGUCAUAACAUGGAAGGGGGUGGGGAUCUCACGUCUGAUGGAGAGUCAGUGAAGGGGGAAACAGUGCAAGGGGGGACAGUGCAAGGGGGGACGGCAGGUGACAGUCAGUCAGUGAAUGGGGAUGUACAACAAUCCAUGGAGUACACACAAACUACCAGAUCUGUGACAGAGACUAAUGGGGAUGAUACCACGGAGACCAGGAGAGAGGAGACCAUGGUUAGUAGGAUACCACAGAAACCUCCCUCACCAAAGAAAUCGGGGGUGCCAGUUCUUCGUUCACCAAAGAAAGAGGCCCCGGUUGAUGUGGGCCCAGGUUGGGAUGACUCAAUCACUGUCACCCACCCACGCUCACGACCAGCGCAUCUCCUGCCUAGGAAUCUGAAAGAGCCAACUCCUCCACCGAGGCCUCAGUCGGGGAGACAGGAUUCAUGCUGCACGGAUGUGACGGCACUAUGCUUGGAGCAAACAAUCAAAAGCUUAGAAAGGAAAAAGUAUGGGAUUGACUCGAAGCGGCCCGACUACCGCCCUGGUGGUGGAGAUAUCCAGAUCUUCAGUGAGAAGAAGGAGUAUAAGGCAGAAGCUCGAAUUGAUGCUCACGCCUCACCAGCAUCUCGGGCCUCCCCCAAACCUGGCACCCCUCGUACCACCCCGGUCAAGUCACCCUCACCUAAUUUGUCUGGUGUGAGAUCAAAGAUAGGAUCCAUGGAUAAAGCCAAGCACACCCCUGGAGGAGGAAAUGUGAGGAUUGUAACAAAGAAGACGGACUAUACAUCUGUGUCCAGCAGAGUUGGCUCCAAGGACAAGCUCCAGCACAAACCUGGAGGGGGAAAUGUGAAGAUAGAGAACAAGAAGCUGAGCUUGGAUAGUGUAACGCCUCGUAUCGGUUCCCUGGACAAUGCCAAGCAUCAAGCUGGAGGCGGGGACAAGAAGGUCGAAACUAAAACACUUAAUUGGGAAGCUAAAUCGAAAAUCGGUUCCAUGGACAAUGCAAAACAUGUUCCUGGAGGUGGUGAAAAGAAGAUUGAGACUAAGAAACUCGAUUGGAAAGUGGAGUCUCGAGUUGGCUCCAUGGAUAAUGCCAAACAUGUAGCAGGCGGUGGCGAUGUAAAGAUUGAAAGCCACACAAUAGAGUGGAGAUCUGAGUCAAAAGUCGGGUCACUUGACAAUGCUCACCACACUCCAGGCGGGGGAGAAAAGAAGAUUGUUAAUGAGAAAGUAGAAUUCAAGGCUGAGUCAAAGGUGGGAUCGCUGAAGAACGUGAAACACUCACCAGGAGGGGGCGAGAAAGUGAUUGAAACCCAGAAACUGAACUUCAAGGAGACGGCAAAGGCGAGAACAAAACAUGGGAUGAAUGAUGACGGUUCGUCCCGACGCAGUGACAGCAUCACCUCUCAAAGUACAGCUGAUGGGAGCCAGUGAAAUUCCAGACAGAAGUUACCAUAAUGCACAAUUCCUGUAGGAACAAACUGAUGAAAGCUAUGCGAGGAAGAUGACGCUGUCUUUAUUGCCUUGUAGCCUGUAGAUCAAGGGAGAUAACUCUCAGCAAAUGGAAGAUAACUCAUCCUAGUUUUGUGCAAGGGAGAGAGUUCCUGCGUCAAAAUGCAGAGAGGCAAGAUGUAUUUUGAAAAAACAUCAACAAUUGCAUAAUUUUGUUACUUUGCCACCUGUAUUUGUCAUUGACAUAACUGGUCUUUGAUGGGUAUGUUGCAGGACGUGAAUGAUUAAUUAGCUAUGUAAUUAACCAACUGCUCUUUGUAGUGUUGCUAAUACAUGUGUAACUCAGGCCUUGGCAAAUACUGAGAAAACUGUACCAUUGCCAGAAGGUAUCAUUGAAUGUAAAACGGUAACAUGGAAUGUAAAUGUUUAGAUAACCAGAGCAAGUUUUGUGUCUUUGCAGAAUUUCGUAAUACCAGUUUGGUUUGUUGUUACAAAAACCAGUAUGAACAUGAAGCUUUAUUCAGUGACUCAGUGCUAAUUAAUAGAUGCUGCUGCCAUCUUCACAGCUGUCCUCAGCGUCUGUCUGCCACAUAUGAAUGCUACUCUAGUAUAUAUAUGAAACAAUGGUGUAUAUUUGCUGCAUGCAAGGUCAGUGUUGAAAGCAAUGUUCCGUGUGGGCACACAAGUCCUCAGAUUACAACUGUCUCCCGUGUAUGUGUGCAUGCCGAUUCCAGCUUAAGGCUCUUGUCAUGAUAUGUAAUCAAAAGCCUUAAACCUUAGUCAUUUGCUUACGGUAUAACCUCAUCAUAAGAUUGUAUGAUAUUGACUUAAGGAUAUUUCCAUCCCAUUAACACUAUUUAUUCCAUCAUGUUGCUGUAAGCUUAAAGUAGCUUUAGAGAUCUAGCAAAGAAGUCAUCUACUGGUCUUGUCUCAUUUUCCCAGAGGUACUUUAAAUAAGUAUUUCAAAUGAAUAAUUAAAAAAAGACUUAGUAUCAAAGAUAUGUAGCGAAAAAUGUUUGUUUUAAAGAAAUGACUAAAAAAUAUGUUUUUAAAUAAAAUCAUUAGAAUAUAAUGUACAUGAUGAUCAUUGUAAGUUAUAAACUGUGUAACAAUUAAGGAAAUUAUUUAAUGUUAGGGUUAUUAUUGUUAGUGAGAAAUGUUAAUUAUCUCUGCACCUGUUACUUUGUAUGCCACAUACACAAUUCCUCUGUAUGUAGUUUACGAUGCACAAUUUGUAUGUUAGUAAAUGUUAUGGGUAAUAUAAGAACACUUUGUGUAGAGGUUACACUUAAUUAUCUUUCUUUGAAAACAUACUUGAUUAAUAUGAAUCUUUUGUAACAAAAGUACAUGAAUUUCUUUUGGGCUGUUAAAAUGAUGAAUUUUAUUGCACUUUUCCCUUUCUGACCACCAUAGUAACUAUACAGUUAUCAAUUAAUUAUGAGCAAUUGAACAAAAGUGUAUUCUCUUCUACCUCUGUUAUGUUUAUGCACCCUUGCCAUUUUGAAGUAGGAAGUAGAUGGUUAUGGAGCCAUGUGUAUAUUUUCCAGGUGCCUCAAUCACUAAUGCCCUUUGAGCAUUGAUGCACUGGUUAUGAUGUGGACAUAAGGGUUGUUGGCAGGUGUUUCAGUACCAUAAUAUUCCCAGAUUAUAAUGAGAUACUGCAAGAGCAAUGUAUCUAAAACAAGAGUAUGGAGGUAUAUCUCAAAAAAUAUUUGAAUGGAGUGCUCAUUGGAAGCCAUUGAGGAAAAAUAAUCAUGUUAGUGUUUUCUAUGUGCUUGUUUUGCCUGCUAUGAUGCUUCUGAGGGUUUUCAUUGUUAAUGUUACAUGACCACAUAAUGUUUUUCAUGAUAUUUAGUACACUUACUUAAGAUGAGAAGCAGAUACAAUGCUUUUAACCGAUGCAGAUUUUAGUAAAUAGUGCUUGUUAUUUAAGAGAACUACAGUUUUACUUUUUAAAACCUUUUAGUUUCAUACUCUCUAUAGAGAUCAUUUUUAACUCUUUUGAGCUGUUCAGACCUUUUGCUGACGUUUUUCUUUUCUUUUCCAUUCCUCAAACUUUCGUUUACGGGUUUGAGUUUUUGCUCACAGUAUCUGCUUCUUCUUCACAGAAAACGUAAUGUACUCCAUUCUAAUCAUCCUGUACUUCAGUAAUGAAGCUGAUGCCUUCAUUGUCAAAGCCACAGUCAUCUUGUUUUGUGGUAAGCAAGCUGAAUUAGAUAUGCCUGAAUUCGUACUGUAAAACUAUGUAAGUGCAAUGUUGACAUGAUAGAAAUGAUUAAAAUAUUUUUUUGCAAUUUUUAUUGUAAGUUUGUAUCAUAAUACGACUAAAAUACCAAAAAUUGUUGGUUUUUUUCCUUCCCUGGCGUCUGUCACCAAAGGACUGCAUUUUUUUAUAAUUACCAUAAACUCUUCAUAGAAACAGUGAACAUACUAAUAUUUCAUGAUAUAUUUAACUAACUGAAACAAUGAAUACGACUUACUACACAGAUAAGCAUGUACAUUGUGGUUUAUAUAUCAAUAAUUCAUUACAAAGUGAAAGAAAUUAAGUGUCUUGUAUCAACAUGCAUGUAUUUUAAAGUUAUGUAUAUUGAGUUUUUUAUAUGCCAUUUCAUAAAAAACUUCUUUCAAGGUUGCUAUUGAGGUAAAUGUUUGACAUCUUUGUGUACUGCUACAUCAACAGGUGUUUGUGAGUCAUCCAACUACUGUUUCCUGGAAUACUGAAGUCUUCCUCUUGUCGUUACAGCAGAUAAACCAUCUCAGUGUCUCACUAUGUUCAUGAAUAUGUCCAUGAUAAUCAGGGCUCUGUUGAGAGACAGUAAAGUUCAAAGCUGCAUAAAACCAAAGUCAUUAUUAUCAGCAUUCUUAUAUACUGCAUAAUAUUGAAACACCAUUCUAUAUUUUAACAUUAUACAUCAAACAUUCUGAGAUGUCAGUGCUCAGAUAUUGAACUUCUUUAGGUUAUUGUUGGUAAACCUUCCAUCCUCCAUUAAGUAUCAGUCGUCUGUCAUGUGUCCAGGUUCUGCAGAAUCUAGAAUUAAAGCUUAGUGUCUUGACAGAGUUACCUCCCCUUUCUGCUCUGUGAUUGGCUGACUAUAACCACCCGUUGUGUUGUCCUUGACCUUGUGCUACAUGUGUGGUCAGUGUGAUGCAAGAUGUACACAUCCAGCACCUAGCAUGGGUGCAGCUGUAGCUACACUGGCCAAUAAACAUCAUUCUUAUCA